AUGGUCGUAGACAACAAACAGAAACGACAAUGUACUGCAGAAACAGCAGGUGACGCCUCGAAGAAGAAGCGGAAAGUAGAGUUUGAUAUUGCGCCUCAGGCCCAGGACUUGCAAGGAGGAAGUGAGGGCGACUCGAAAUUUGCAAUGGAGAUGUUUGAGAGUUUCGUGAUCCGGGCUUUGAAAGAUCUGGAUAAUGGUGAGUGUUCUGGAAUGGAGUCACUGGCCAUGCAGGUGUCGCUGCCGGCGACAGAUGCGGAUAGAAUUAGUGUCGAGAAGCUUACGGUGCUUCUACGGUUGCUGGGUAACAAUAUAUCGAAGAUUGAUAAUAGUAAGAGCGGGGCAAGCAUGAUUCGGUCGAUAAUAAACUUUGAGAAAUGGUGGGAAUUGCCUGGCCCAGCUCUAAGUAGCUAUAUAUCGUUCAUUAGAAUCCUGUGUUCUAGUCUGCCCAAAUGGUGGCAGGAUGUGUCUAUGGCUCUGAUAUCGAACUUUGCGCUUUCGCCUGGGAAGACGGUGCAGCACCAUGAGAUGUUGAAGUACUUUUUGAAGACGAUUCCGUCGUCGAUCCACUUUAUCGACACGUACAUUGGGAAGUUCUUUCCGAACAAGAACGAUUCGAAGAAGGUGCUGCUCAAUUUUAUAUCCAAUGUGUUGGCGUUGACGGAGUACUGCCACGAGCUGCGGUUCCAGGCGUGGUCGUUGGUGAUUGAGAAGGUGAUUUCGAUUGAUGUGGAGUUGCAGAACGAGUUGGACGAGUUGGACGAGGAUAUUGAUGAUGACACGGGGGAUGAUGAUGAUGACGAUGAUGACGAUGAUGACGAUGAUGACGAUGAUGACGAUGAGGAUGAGGAUGAGCAAGAGGAGGCCACUGAGAGGGUAAAUGAUGAUGCAGAUGACGAUAUGGACGAAGAUAUGGACGAUGAUGAAGAUCUUGGAGAUAGUGACGACGAUGAGGCUGAAGUAGAGGUGGACGGCGACGAAGUGUACUACGUCGACCUCUCACACAACAUCAAGGAACUGUCGUCAAAGCUAGACGAGAUUUUGUCCGUGAUAACCUCGAAACUAUCGUGCGCAUUGACCCCAGAGUCGUUGGAAGAAGGCGACGGUGUCAAUAUCUUCAACACCUUGACUUCGUUGUUCAAAUCGCACAUCCUACCGACCUACUACACCAGAUCCGUGCAGUACUUGAUGUUCCACGUGUCGCAGCAACAACCAGAGCUCAUGGACGCGUUUUUGGUCACCUUGAUAGACAUUUCCUUUUCCCCAACAGAAACCAUGGAAAAGAAGAUCAAAUCGCUACAGUACAUUGGCUCCUUCAUCGCACGCGCAAAGAAGAUGACACGCACGCAGAUCGUAUUCGUAACCAGCUACUUGACCUCCUGGCUCAACAGGUACGUCUUGGAAAGAGAAGAAGAAGUUGACCAGCCCGGCGGAAUGGAACGGUUCAAGCACUUUUACGCCGUCUUCCAGGCCAUCUGCUACAUCUUCUGCUUCAGACACUCCCUAUUACGCGACGGAGACGACGCCUGGGAGUGCGAGCUCGACAAGUUCUUCCAACGCUUGGUCAUUUCCAAGUUCAACCCGUUGAAGUACUGCAACGAAAACGUCAUGAUGAUGUUCGCCAAGAUCGCCCAACAUGAAGGCGUCGUCUACUGCUUCAGCAUCAUCGAAAACAACAACAACGAACGUCUAAGAGGUAUCACAGGAAAGGCCACAGAAUCCGGGGGCGGCUCAUCGGUGAACGGCUCCUGGUCCUUGGCCACAAGACAGCAGUUUAUAGAUUUACAAUCCUACUUCCCAUACGAUCCACUAUUUUUGACCAACUACAAGACAAUGAUGAAGGACUAUUAUAUAGAGUGGACUGAAGUCAGCAAGGGCUAUGACAGCGACGUUUCCGAGGAACUGGACGAGUCGCCAUAG